AACGUGAUAUCUUCGCGAUUCCGUCCAAACCCACCGAGACGAUGCGAGGAUCGAGAGAGUCUGGCUGUGAUGGUAUACUAUAAAGUCGAAUGCAGCCGAACACAAACAUCACUAUUGUCGUUCACGCGAGUUCGUAGAGUUCUGAACAUUCUCGUCAGUGGGCUUCCUCUCCAAACAUCAGUCGUUAAAUCAGUUUUCCUUCGUUAUUCGUGCAGUCAGCUCUCCUCUGAAAACAUGGAGUGUAACCCCAGGUUGAAAUGUGAGAUCGAAGAUGUGUUGGAUCAGGAUUGCACUACCCAAUGGUUUCCACUGGGCAUGAAACCCUUCCAUCGCUGGACUAUGCAGCGAACCGAACACUUCAGAGGCAAAAUGCGGCAGGCUUAUCGCUUAGUGAUAUAUGGUCAAAGACAAUUGCCGGCCGUCCCAGAAAGCGACGUGGACGAGAAGCAGUUUGAACCAGUUAAUCCCGCACGUCAGCCGGUGAAUGUGGCAGAAGGCUUCGAGUGCCCGGACGGGCAAGUGACGCCUAAGACGAUGAGAUUGGUUUACCCAAUGGACAGUAUGGAGAUAGAUGUUCGGUACCAAGAGGUGACGUCAGAAGGAAGGCCGACCGAGUACUGGUUAAUAGUCCCUGAAGACCCUAACACGAGUCCGCUUCCCGAGUGUCUCUUCACCAUAUACAUGUUACCACAAGCCGUGGAUGGUGAAAUCCCGAACACUGUCGACGGCCUGGGUCUGGUCCUACUACAAGUCACUCCGAAAGAGCCUGGUGAUAACAAUCCCCAGCAGCUAUUCGUUCAGCAGCGUCGUACCCAAGAGGGGAUCGCAAUGGUCACGGAUGUUGUGCUGACAAAAUCCUCCCUUGAAGUGGCCUCCACCCAAGACGAUCUGCUGUGGCUUUGGGAUAAUCAAAGCUCUUUCAACGGAGAGUUCUACAACACGUUCCGACCGUACGGCUGCCGAGGCAAUCCACCGUGCUUUCUCUGCGUGCCAUGUGACGGUGGAAAUGCACGACUAAGCAUCGCCCAGGAUACUGAAGAUUUGACUGGACUCAAGUUGAAGUACUUCAAAUUCUGGUCGUCAUCUUAAGCCUGUCUGGCUCGAACACUAGGACUUCUGUGUUAGCAAUAUCCGGACUUUGCAGAGGACUGUAGAUGCCAGCAAUGUCUAUGUAAUCUGUUUACUAAAUUAGUGCCUUGACUCUGCAUUUGAGAGAUUGACACUUUAUCUGUAUCACCUACAUUGCAUUUCUUUUGGGUAGCUUAGCUGUUGCCGUUGACGAUAGUUCAAGCCAUCAUAAUGCCUCAAAGAGAUGGACAUUUUAUUGUAAUACUGUACACCUGUUGUCUGUGGUUCCUGAGGCUCAAGAUAUUUUAAAUUACCAAUCGUCCUUGACCUUUCAAUACGCAUACUGUUUACCCGAAUUUGUUUUUUGUCAUGCGUGCCUCAUGGAUUGAUAUUUCUAACAAUAUGAUUUUAAUCGA